AUGAAGACAGUCAACUCCGAUGCCUUGUUGCGGGACGAGUGGAACACCUUCUUCGCCCGUUGUGAGGUCAAGAGACCUGACCCUGUAAACCCAGCCUACCAGCCCUCCAACUCCCAGACACUCACACUGCAUGAACACCAAGUGAGAGCUGUAUUGAAGGCUGUGAAUUCCAAUAAAGCUGCAGGUCCUGAUGGGAUGCUGCAGAUAGUGAUCACAUACAGAUCAGAGGUCUUAAAGUGCCCAGUUCCUUCACAAAGCAACUCAGAACAGAAGACAAAUGUACCUCUGGAAGGACAAGAUAGCUUAUCACUUGCCCAGCAAGAUAGACGUUCACCAACUGGUGGUGCAGGAGUAUUGGAAAAUGUGGAAGAUCAGAUGUUUCGUUCUGUGGAAGGCCAGGCUGCAUCUGAUGAAGAGGAAGAGAAAUGGAUAGGCGACCAGCAAACCCAAAUGGCUGAAGUAAAGAAGCUCUUAGCUAGAUUUCCUUGUUGCAAUAGCGGGUGUGAUGACACAAUGCUGAAGCAUCUGUGGUCAUCCUUUGGAAACCCCAGUAGCUGUGGCCAUGAAAACUCCGUUGUGGAAUUAAUCCAACAACUCUCAAAAUUAAAAGAUGACUUUCAAAUGAAAAGGCAAGAAGAAAAAGCUCUGGAAACAAAUAUGGAAGAGGUCAUUCAUAAAGAUAGCUUUGGAACAAAACUAGCUAAUAGCCCAAGUGUUGCAACAAAAGAUCCAUUGCUGGGGGAAAUACACCAGAAUGCGGAAGAAUCUGAGCUGAUGAAGAUGGAAUUCCAGAUGUUGGAAACAGAGAGAGUAAGGCUGUCACUGGUGGAAGAAAAACUCUUGGAUGUUUUACAGCUGCUUCAGCAACUCCGGGAUCUGAACAUUUCUAAGCGUACCUUGGGGAAAAUCUUACUGAACACUUUGGAAUCCUGCUGUGACUCCCAACAUGGAAAACCACCUAUUGCUGAAGUCUUAGAUGCUCUCUACCAUGAACUGCUGCCUGCAAACUCACCGGAAGCAAGUCCCUUGAGAAAACACCAGGACAUCAGUCUUUGUCAAGCUCUUGGUUAUCUCCUGUUGAGCAAUAAUACCUAUGUUGUUGCGGCUGCUGUUGUUUUUCCAAUAUCACCAUGCGUUAAAAGUUUCAAAAUGCAAAAUCAUGGAGGGUUCUGCCAUCUAUGUAAUGAUCCAAUGCAAGAGAUGGAAUGAUAAAAUAAGGCAUAAAGGAUAGGCAAAUGGAACAGAAAGUGCGAACUAUUUAUAAGGGCUGGCAAUGGGCCUUGAAUAGAUUUUGAAGGAUGGCUCUCUCAUCCUUUCUUAUGGAUCUUAAUACAAUGAGAUAUAUCAUUUGAGAUUUGAGAACUAUGUGAGUACAACAUACAUCUGAAACCUGAAAUUAUGUUCAAUAUUUCCAAAGUCCCCAAACUCUCAUUUAAUGUACAAAUAAUCCAAUAUUUACUCCACAUGGAAUUAAAUGGCAAUCUAAAAUCUCUAUUUUACCAGUAUCAUUCAUACACCACAAGUUAGUCCGUACUUUAAUGAUCUUAACUGGGACCUAACGUCUCUAUCCUAAGCAGAAAUUGUUUAUCACAGAAACAAUCUGCUUUAUGGUUAUUAAGCAAAUGGUUAUUCUGAGAGAGACUAUGUGAAUGUGACUUUUGACUUCCUGCCGGUUUUCCCAUUGGUUUUGCUUGUUAAAGCCAGCUGGAAGGUAGCAAAUGGCAAUCACAUGACUACACAUAUGCUAAAUAGUUAUAUGUUCAAGAACCAGUCAUAAGUCAAUUUUUCAGCACUGUCAUAACUUCCAACGGUUGCUAAACAAAUAGUUGUUAAGCUAGGACUAGCUAUAAUUUAUCAUGCACAAAAUAAUGCAAUACUCUUAUUACCCUGUAAAACUUUACUUUCCUGGAUAUAGCAGAGAAGAUUAAUUUGCAUUUUAGAUAUUAUUCCAAUACAGUUCUUUGCCUUUUCUUGAGCAUUUCCUUGGUAACCCAAUGCUAGGCAUGAAGAAGUAAAAAGUACCUAGAAGAAUUAUACAUUAAAGAAGGAAUAAAGCUGACCUGAAAUCUACAAAAAUUAUUGUAGGCUUUUAGAUCUGGACGGCAACUGUUACUGUUCCAAGUAAUGCAUCCAUUGAAAGCAGAACUCCA